AUGAAGACCUCACAGGCACUCUCUCUAGCCGGGACCGCCCUGUUGGCGGCCACUGUCAAUGGCGCCCCGACAGUCGAUACCACCUAUCCCUAUACCGGGCCUGCUAUUCCCGUUGCCGAUUGGGUCGACCCGACGAUCAGUGGCAAUGGGAAGGGUUUUCCACGUCUGGUAGAGGCGCCAGGCGUGAAGCCAUCGUCAGCCAACCCGACGAACAACGUCAAUGUCAUAUCCUUGUCCUACGUGCCAAAGGGCAUGAACAUCCACUACCAGACGCCUUUCGGCCUAGGCGUCUUACCGUCGGUAAAAUGGGGAACCAGCGAGGCGGCCUUGCUAUACACGGUCACAGGCCAGACCCAUGGCUAUGACCGGACACCGCCUUGCUCCAUGGUGGCGGUGACGCAGUGCAGCCAGUUCUUCCACGAGGUCCAGAUCACGGAUCUCCAGCCGGACACCACUUACUACUACCAGAUCCUAGCAGCCAAUGGGACGACGGAGUCGGACGUGCUCAGCUUCACUACAGCCCGUGCCGUUGGCGAUCAUAAGCCCUUCUCGGUGGCUGUGCUGAAUGAUAUGGGCUAUACCAAUGCCCAGGGAACGUUCCGGCACCUAAACCUGGCCGCAGACGACGGCUUAGCUUUUGCCUGGCACGGCGGCGACCUCAGCUACGCCGACGAUUGGUACUCUGGCAUUCUUCCGUGCUCCGACGACUGGCCGGUGUGCUACAACGGCACAUCCUCAAGCCUGCCGCCCGGUGACUACCCGAACAGCUACAACGAGCCAUUGCCGGCGGGCGAAGUUCCCGGACAGGGCGGGCCGUAUGGCGGUGACAUGAGCGUUCUCUACGAAUCUAACUGGGAUUUGUGGCAGCAGUGGGUGCAGAACCUGACGAUCCGGCUCCCCUAUAUGGUGAUGCCAGGGAACCACGAGGCGGCGUGUGCCGAGUUUGACGGGCCGAACAACGAGCUGACGGCAUACCUGGUCGACGACAAGGCCAAUGGAACGGCGCCCAAGUCGGAGCUGACGUACUUUAGCUGUCCUCCAUCGCAGCGGAACUACACCGCAUUCCAGCACCGGUUUCGCAUGCCGGGCAGCGAGACCGGCGGCGUCGGCAACAUGUGGUACUCGUUCGACUACGGGCUGGCGCACUUUAUCAGCCUCAACGGCGAGACAGACUACGCUUACAGCCCGGAGUGGCCGUUCAUCCGUGACACUGACGGCGUGGCGACGGAGCCGAGAGAGAACCAGACGUAUAUCACGGACAGCGGCCCGUUUGGCUACAUCAAAGACAAUGCCUACACCAAGACGGAGGCAUACGAGCAGUACCAGUGGCUGGUUCGCGAUCUUGCCGCCAUCGACCGCAGCAAGACGCCGUGGGUCUUUGUGAUGAGCCACCGGCCAAUGUACAGCACGGCCUACUCGUCAGACCAACUGCACAUACGCAACGCAUUCGAAGAGACCCUGCUGCAGUACGGCGUGGACGCCUAUCUCGCCGGCCACAUCCACUGGUACGAGCGCAUGUUUCCCAUGGGUCGCAACGGCACCAUCGACAUGGCCUCCGUGGCUGCCAACGACAACAACACCUACUACACCAACACUGGUGUGUCCAUGGCACACAUUGUCAACGGCAUGGCCGGCAAUAUUGAGAGCCACAGCACGCUAGCUGACGGCAAAGUUGUCUUGAACCUGACUGCCGUUCUAGACCAGACGCACUAUGGCUUCAGCAAGCUGACCGUGCACAACGCGUCAGUCGUCACUUGGGACUUUGUGCGUGGCGACGGCUGCGGCAUCGGAGAUUCCCUCACACUGAUCAAGAGGAGCAACAGCACGAACAAUAGCACAGCGACACCGUCCAGUCUUGGCUACAAUGCAACCCAUAUCGCAUCCAGCUCAUCAACUAAAAGUGUUUCCACGCGCUUCCCCACCGGUGUCUCCACGACAAGUGUGUCCAUAGGAAGUGCUACAAUUGCUACAACGACCCCAGCUGGCACGGCUGAUCGCGCGACCGCCAGCAUAUCUACCACGAUCUCUGGUACGGUCGCGAUUGUCACUAGCGGCAGCUUGCAGCAGAAGACGUCAAUUGAGUUGGCGUCAUUCGCAGUCUUGCUGUGUGGAGUGUGGUAUUUUACGUAA